GUGCGUGCAUGGAGAAGGCGUCAACUUCCUGCAAACAUUCCCUCCUCCUCCUCCUCCUCCUCCUCCACCCGUGAGCUGUCCCACGCAGGCUUCCUCGGUGCGGACGUGUGAGAGGUGCAGACAUGGACUGGGGGACUGAUCUGUGGGACCAGUGUGAUGUCAUUGACAAACACACACAAGCGGGCCUGGACCUGCUGGAACGCUACAUCAAGUUUGUCAAGGAGCGCUCUGAGAUCGAGCAGAGCUAUGCCAAGCAGCUCAGGAGUCUGUCAAAAAAAUACACAAAGAAAAGUGCCAAAGAAGAACAGGAGUGCAGGUUCAGUAACCACGCGGCGUUCCAGGACAUCUUGAACGAGCUGGGCGACUAUGCGGGUCAGAGGGAGUUGAUCGCAGAGAACAUGAUGACCAGCGUGUGUGUGGAACUCACCAAGUACUUGCAGGACAUCAAGCAGGAGCGCAAAUCGCAUCUCUCUGACGCCAAGAAAGCCCAACAGACCCUGGAGAGCAGCUUUAAACACCUGGAAAGUACCAAGAAGCGCUUUGCCAAGGAGUGGGCGGAAGUGGAAAAAGCGUCGCAACAUGCAGAGAAGAUCGAGAGCGAUGUCAACGCUUCAAAGAUCGACGUGGACAAAGCCAAGCAGCAUUUGCACGCCCGUACGCACAUGGCGGAGGAGUGCAGGAACGACUACGCCGCCCUGCUGCAGAAUUACAACAAGGACCAAAAGUCGUACUACUUCGUGGAAAUACUGCAGAUCUUCAACAAGCUGCAGGACAUGGACGAGCGGAGGAUCCGGCGCCUCGCCGACGGUUACUGCCAGUUCUCCGACAUCGAGAGGAAGGUGCAGCCCAUCAUCGCCAAAUGUUUGGACGGGAUCUCCGCCGCUGGAGCGAAGAUUGACGAGAAGCAGGACUCGCUGCUGUUCAUCGAGCAGCAUAAGUCUGGCUUCGAGCGCCCGGGGGACGUAGAGUUUGAGGACUACACGCUGGGAAUCAAGCCAGCUGGGUCCGACUCCAGCCUCAACCCGCCCAGAGUCCGCGCCAAGCUCUGGCCCUUCAACUGGAAACAAAAGACGUCGCACGCUGACAAACACAGGCCGCCGGCUGCAGAGGACUUCUCCCAUCUUCCUCCAGAGCAGAGGAAAAAGAGGCUGCAGGCCAAGAUUAAUGACAUCAGCAAAAGACUAAACAGGGCGCAGGAGGAAAGUGAGGCCCUGGAGAAGAUGAAGGGUGUGUACGAGCACAAUCCUGAAAUGGGGAACCCGUCCACUCUGGAGCCUCAGAUGACAGAAACAACUCUCAGCAUCGGCCAUCUGAAGGGAGAACUUACUAAAUAUGAAUUUCUUUUUCCUUUUUCCCCCUUAUUGUUCUCCCUUUCCUCUUUCCAUUUUCUUAUUCUUUCCUAAUUUUUUCCUUCUACGCUCUUCUUCUUUCUUCCAUCUUUUUGCUCCUUUUUCUUUCUUCUUCUUCUUUAUGGUCCUCGUUUUUUCUUUGUACUUCCUCCUCCUCCUCCUUUUUAUUCUUCAUUCUUGGUCGUCCUUUUAUUUAACUACGUCUUCUUCUUUUUCUUCACCAUUUUAUUUUUCUUCUUUCUACUUCUUCUUCUUACUAUCAUUAUUAUUAUUAUUAUUAUACGUUCUUCUUUCUUCCUUUUUCGUUGUACUUGUGUCCUUCUUCCUCUUUUUAUUCUUAAUUUUUUUUUGUUCAGUUUUAGACUUCAUCCUCCUUCUUCUUCUUCCUUUUCCUCCUUUAUGCAUGCUUCUUAUUUUUCUUCAUUAUUCCUUCUUUUCUUCUUCCUUCUUGUACUUACUCUUUCUUCCUCUUAUUUUAUUGUUCAUUCUUUUUCCUUCUUUCUACUUUUUCUUCUUAUAUAUCUCAUUCUUUCUUCUUUUUCUUUUUCGUUCCUUUUUUCUUCCAUCUUGCUUAUUCUUUUUCUUCUCUUUUCCUUCUUUCCUUCGUCUUCCUUCAUCUUUCUCCUUUCUUAUGCCGUCUUCAUUGUUCCUUUCUUUCUUCUUCUUUUUCCUCCCUUAUUCUUCUUUUUAUUCCUUUUUCUUUGUUAUUCCUUCUUUCUUUCUUCCAUCUUAUUCCUUCUUUUUUGUACUUACUCCAUCUUCUUAUUUUAUUCUUCCUUCUUCAACUUCCUUCUUUCUACUUCUUGCAGUAUCUCUCAUUCUUCCUUCUUCUUUCUUUUCUUCUUCCUUCUUCAUUAUUCCUUAUUUAUUCCUUCUUCCAUCUUUUUCCUUCUUCUUUGUACUUACUCCUUCUUUUUCUUAUUUUAUUAUUCCUUCUUACCACUUCUUCCUCUUCUUCUUUAACAUCUUAUUAUUAUAAUUUAUCUAAUUUUUCCUUCUUUAACACCAUUUUCUUAUAAUUAUUCAUCUGAUUUUUCCUUCUUCUUCUUCUUUUUCUUUUUUCCUUCUUCUUUGGACCUCCUCUUAUUUUAUUCCUUCUUCUUCUUCCUUCUUUCUACUUCUUCAGCUUCUUCUUUAACAUCAUCUUCUUCUUCUUAUGUAUCUCUUUUUCCCGUUUUCUUCUUUAACAUUAUCUUCUUCUUUUUCUUAUCUAUCUUAUUUUUCCUUCUUCUUCAUUCUUCCUUCUUCCAUCGUCUUCCUUCUUCUUUGUACUUCCUCCUUAUUUUAUUAUUCCUUCUUCCUACUUCUUCUUCUUUAACAUCAUCUUCUUAUUAUAAUUUAUCUAAUUUUUACUUAUUUUUCUUCUUCUUUAACACCAUUUUCUUCUUAUAAUUAUUCAUCUGAUUUUUCCUUCUUCUUUGUACUUAGUCCUUCCUCCUCUUAUUUUAUUCCUUCUUCUUCUUCCUUCUUUCUACUUCUUCAUCUUCUUCUUAUGUAUCUCAUUCUCCCGUUUUCUUCUUUCACAUUAUCUUCUUCUUUUUCUUAUCUAUCUCAUUUUUCCUUCUUCUUCAUUCUUCCUGCCUUCUUCCAUCGUCUUCCUUCUUCUCUGUACUUACUCCUUCCUCCUUAUUUUAUUAUUCCUUCUUCCUACUUCUUCUUUAACAUCAUCUUCUUAUUAUUUCUAUCAUUAUUCCUUCUUAAUCUUCUUCUUUUUCUUCUUCCUUCUUCCAUCGUCUUCCUUCUUCUUUGUACUUCCUCCUUCCUCCUCUUAUUUCAAUAUUCCUUUUUUUUCUUCCUUCUUUCUUUUUCUUCUUAUCCAUCUUAUGUCUUCUUCUUCUUCAUUUUCUUCUCCUUCUCUUUCCGUCUGUCUUCCUUCAUCUUUCUCCUUUCUUAUUCCGUCUACGUUCUUCCUUCUUUCUUUUUCUCCCUUCUUUUUCGUCUUCUUUUUAUUCCUUCUUCUUCCUCCGUCCACUUUUUCCUUCUUUAUCUUGUUCCUCCUCUGUCUCCUUCCUCUCCCUCACGGUGGCUCCUUCAC